AUGGUCUCCUGCGCACCCCUAACAGAUUCUGCGCUGUUCAAGCCGCACUCUUGCUCAGUGCACUUUGGAUUGGGUAUCGAGCUGUCGAAAGCGUUCGAGAGUGUCUACGUCCUUAAUGGUCCAAGCAGCAGCCAUGUCCCAUACCCCCUAGACCUAGACAACAACUCCCCGAUGCACCCCCGGACCAUGGAGGAGAUCCAGGAGCUUGUGAGAAUCCCCCAUCCCAUUCCCAAAAAUUGCCCCUCCCCUCGACCAUCCCCUCCCCGACAACGUCAACAUCCUUGGCGACGCUCCCAGUGGCCAUCGGCACCCGCCCCUCUCCCUACCACUACUUCCCAAGAUACCCGCGACUCAAACCGCCAGUGCCCAAUGCGGCCCUGGUCGGGCUGUGCAUGCAGAUCGCGACACCCACCGGCCCGCGGUAUUGCUGUUGAAUGGAUGGAGAGCGGAAGGCGGGAAUGGGAAGGCAGGGAGGGCGGUGUCGGCUCCAUUGGUGAUAAGAUAAAUUUGAUAAAAAAAUUGGAUCGUUAA